AAAUCUCUCUGAGACCAUCGCCCUGGACCCCCGAUGCGGCUGCCCGAGCAACCUGGAGAGGGGAAGACUGAGAAUGAGGAAAAGGGGGGCAGAGGAGCCCCUGGAGGGGGAGAGGAGCCGCCGAGGAGCCAGGCCCCCAACUUCCCCACUUGGCAAAAGAUGCCUUUCCACCAUGUGACCGCUGGCCUGUUGUACAAGGGGAAUUACCUCAACCGGUCUCUGUCCGCGGGCAGCGACAGCGAGCAGCUUGCCAACAUCUCCGUGGAGGAGCUCGACGAAAUCCGAGAGGCCUUCCGGGUUCUGGACCGAGACGGGAAUGGCUUCAUCUCCAAGCAGGAGCUGGGAAUGGCCAUGCGCUCUCUGGGGUACAUGCCGAGCGAGGUGGAGCUGGCCAUCAUCAUGCAGCGCCUGGACAUGGACGGGGAUGGCCAGGUGGAUUUUGAUGAAUUCAUGACAAUUCUUGGCCCUAAACUGGUAUCUUCCGAAGGCCGUGAUGGUUUUCUUGGAAACACAAUAGAUAGCAUAUUCUGGCAGUUCGACAUGCAAAGGAUAACUCUGGAAGAGCUGAAGCACAUCCUCUACCACGCCUUCCGGGACCACUUGACAAUGAAGGACAUCGAGAACAUCAUCAUCAACGAGGAGGAGAGCCUGAACGACACUUCGGGGAACUGCCAGACGGAGUUCGAAGGCGUGCAUUCCCAGAAACAGAACAGACAGACGUGUGUGCGGAAGAGCCUCAUCUGCGCCUUCGCCAUGGCCUUCAUCAUAAGCGUCAUGCUGAUUGCCGCCAACCAGAUCCUGCGGAGCGGCAUGGAGUAGCUGCCUCCCGCCACCACGCUGCUGCGGUCCCAGCUCACUGCGCAUGCGCCUGCCCUGCGGCAGACUGUUCCUCCUCAAAAGCAGAUUUGGAUGAUGCAGACGCGGCUCAGUUCAGUGAAGAACCCAAGGUUGCAGUGCAACCGGUGUUGCAAGUCCCCUUCAUCUCCUUGGCAGGGACACAAAAGGGCUGUCUUAAAUGCUUUAAUGGUUUUGUUUCCUAAUGCAAUAAAUAGCCAGGAG